CUAUUAUUCUACGAGUAAUGGGUGUACAAAUGAGAGAGAAGAAGCAAAGGAAAGAUCCGUUAUCCUCUCUCACGGACUUGCGUCAUGAAAUUAGCUUCCAGUCAUUCAUUGAUUUGGCAAAGCAGAAGUCAUACUCAGAGGGUUGCUGUACUUAAUCAGAUUCAAUUGCUGUCAGGCCUUGUAAAUAGUGUCAAAAAUAGGUCAAUUACAACAUACAAAGUGAUGGGCAGUGCUAGUGGUGCUCCGCGGGACAACAUACAUAUACAUACAUGCAUACAUGUGUAUGGGCAUUUGUAUGGAGGUGGAUGGAGGAGAAUGAAAGGAUGCACGCAGAAAAAAGAAAUACGACUUGGAAAUCAGAAGUUAUCAUUAAUCAACACACAAAACUUUAGGAAAUAGGAAAAUGAAGGAAAUCUGCAAUCAGAGAUCAAGAAAAUUCUCCAAGAGAAAAUCUCCAAGAGAAAAUCUUUUCAGCCUUUGGUUCCUGGUUUUUGUUUCUUCGCUUGCUUUCUUUAGUUUUGUUGCUGCUGUCUUCAGUGCGUUAAAAGCGCCAAAGGGGCGUCCCUCUCCCGCUCACGCCCCCACCAUACCCGCCUCAGCCGACACCUUGCACUUCUGCUCCACCUCUAGUGCUCUCCCUUUCGCACUGCUAACGACAAGUGACAAACACAAGUUGAAGAAGAAGCAGCCGAACAAAAACACCAAAAACCAACAAAAAAAAAUGGGGAAAAAAACAAAAAAAAAAGAGAAAGGAGGAAGGAGGAAGAGGAGGGGAAGGAAAAAAGUUUUUUGCGACCAACAGUUGACAGUCGAAAAGCAUUUGACAUUUUACCUUGGCACGCACACAAACACGGCCAAGUGCGAAAGGGACAAAACGCGGGCAAAUGUCACUUUGAAAAAUGCCAUUGGCCCGGCCAGCGAGUGUGACCGAGAGGCAGCAUGCGGCCGGAGAGCGUGAGAGCGAGAGAGCGCCAUUUUGCGCAUCUCUCAAUGAAGCGAAAGGCAGGCAGGCAGGCAGGCAGAGCAACAAUAAAACACACACUCACAAAAAAAAAAACCAGUUGCUUAGCAACGCCCCCUCUAACCGCAAAAAAGAGAGCUGGGAGAGAGGGAGAGCAAGAGCAGCAGUGGCAACAUGGGGCAACUAUGGUGGAACAAGGGGCAGCAACACAACAGCAACAAAUGCG